CCCAGCCGUAUAUAUCCCAGCCCGGAUAUAUAGUGUGGUCGAUCCUGCAGCUUGCCAAGCACCCAGCUCACAACAGUCCAUGACACCUGCAUCUGCAAAAUGGGUGGUCUCGUAACUAUGCUGCUGGCUGCCAACCCGGGCAGCCGAAGCAGCAUGCCCUCAGCCUCAAGCAUGACCGCCGAUCUGGACAUGCCUUAUUCGGACGCAAGGCAGUCACACUUCUCCCACAAGGCCCGGCGACCCUCUUUGGAUUCAAUAGUUGCUCCCACGCCAUCGCCAUCCACGACAGAAGAGUGGAGGAAGGCCAUUGUCGACGUCAAGCUCAAGUAUGAAAGUCGCAAGUACCGAGCAUGCUCAGCGAGAUGCGCUGAACUGCUGAGCAACAUGGACAACCUGUCAAUUGUUGAGCCAAUCUAUCUCGUCUCCCUCCACUUCUACGCUGCCGUUUCUCUCGAAACCUGCGCCAGACCACUGUCUCCAUCCUCAAAGUUCCGCAACAGGCUCCUGCGUGACGCUCGGCAUCAUUAUGACCAGGCAGAAGCUCUAAUAAAAAAGGCCGAGGACAUAACCAUACAACAGACCCGGUCUCCUUCGGCUCAGUCCACCGCAUCUAGCACUCAGGCGCCUGACCUGUGUCAUGAUGCCCACUCGGAGGGCAGUACGGGCCCAUCAUCCCCGAGAAGUUCUGUCGGCUCCAUCGACGGUGUUGCGAAGAGAGGCAAGCUCAAGCCCAAGAAGAAGGUGUCAUUCUCUGGCUUGCCUGACUUGGAGAUUGAAAUCCCCAACGAUAUCCCAGCCGAGCCAUACAUCCGGCCUGACAGUCCGACCCUAGGCAUGGAGGACUCGUAUACUUGGGGAAAGCCAGGAAACACACCGAUGGAGGUGGCACCAAAGCCCGAGGCUUUCCCCAUGCCGCCAAAGAUGGUUCCGGCCAAGAAGACUUCGAUGGCCCGUCCCGCAAGCCCUUCUAUUCUUGUCAAGCGGGAGACAAACAUCGAAACACCAGACUCAUCCACAGUGGCACAGGUCGAGUCCUUGAACCGCAUGUGUGCGCACAUAUCGGCCCUACGAUCGCAGAUUGCAUUCCACCGCAAUGCCGUUGAUACGCUACUUGCCAUGCCCCAAGGAGCCGAAGUUGCCCCAGAAGUACCACCUCUACCUUUGGGACGAACAUUUUUGCCACUGGCCAGUGGUGCAAGCACCCCUCGGUACUCGCCUGGUGGUACAUUUUUCCAGGCCGAUGAGGAUAUGUCCGACCACCACUAUGAGGCUUCCCCCCCUCAGACUCCUGGCUUCCAUAGUCGUGCCUCGUCGGAAAGCACAUCCACUUUCAGCCCUGGACCUCCACGGGCCAGUAGUAGCCUGAGCAUAUUCAACCCGCUCCUGUCGCGGCCAGGUACAGCCACGAGCCUGCGUCGCCGGGCAGACUCUGCCGUGAGCAACUACAGCAGCGGCGGCAGCACCAAUGGCGACAACGAGGCCCUGAGAGAACGCAUCGAGCGCCUUCGCGCCAACGGGUGGAAGCGCAAGCGCUUUGAUCCGAAGAAAUACGAGGCGCUGCGGGAGAGCGUGCUCGACGAACUCGACAACCGAGGUUUCUGAUCGCCGUCCACUGCGCGACGGGUCCACAAGCCAGGCGAGGUCGAUCAAGGGAGGCCGGAAGCCGAGGCGCAAGACACUGUCACGAUUACGAUAAUUUAAUUAUACGACUAUGUGUACGACGAAUCACCCACGAGACGAGAAGCACGGCCCAUUUUUUAUCCUUAUUUCACUACUAAUGAGCUUUCUCACACACAAGUUUGUAAUUCAGCUCUUUUGUCACCAAUGGCUCUGCCAGGUGCUUCUACAAUAUCCCCAUUCUUCCGUACCGGUUGUGUACACAUAUACCAUCCAUGUACGACCUUUCAAUCUUCUGCAUACAUAUAUAUAUCUAGGGAAACCAGGAGCGGCAUUGUAUUUGCGCGGCGGUGGUUUUGGAUACCCGGAGGGGCGGUCCUCCCAAAUUGGA